AGCUUCGACCCUACACACACAAGGUGUACGGUAGAAAUGGUCAGAUAGUUUCGUUCUGCCGUAGAGAGUGGAGGUUGUUUCUCUUCUGCAUUGAAUCUCUGGCUAACGUUAACCAGCAAAGAAGGCGAACCAGAUACGGAGUAAAAAAACGAAGGCGUGUGAUCGCAUACACGCACAGACCUGCAAGGUCUGCUUGCAGGAUCUCGAGGUUGAGAGAAAGUGCACCGCGUGUGAAGAACCGUAGAUUCAUCGGGCUUAGUGCGAGGAUAGAAACAGUGUUCGGGUAUGAUACGCUCGCCGGCUUUGUAAUUUUCGGUUUAUCGUGCUGCACGCGCAGGCGCACGCGCGCACAUCGGUACGUUGCGACAGGUGCCAUCGUCGCGUUUUAGCAAAGGAUCGCCGCGCCGGAGCCUUUGCGUUUAGUUGAUGCGUCGUUGCCGCAUUGUCGUGACGCGAUUCGUCGAGCGUAUCGUGGUCGCAGCCAGUCAGAGCGGCUGGCGAGCGCACGGAGUGGUGAGAGACUAGUAAUGAGGGGAAGAGAGUGAUAGUGCCGUCAGUUCUCGCUCGGACCUUGUGAGUCGCGCGUCGUUCGAUAAUCUCUGUGGUGAUUUGCGAAAAGGAAGCAGGAGAAAGGAGCUACGAGCAGCGAAUCUGCGAAAGCUCUUGCCAAGAGCAUGACGAUUGUGAGUACGUUUUCCUGUCGGGAACGAUGUUGCAUUGAGGAUACGAGGAUUGUUUCGUGAAGGACUACCGCAAGUUCGAGUUCAGCGUUGAGCACAAACCUAAGUUUUAUCUUCACGUUCUCAAUACAAACUGCAGAAGUCGUGUUCGAGUAGUUUACCUGAGCGAUCAUGUACUCGUAUGAUCGCAGCGCAGUGAACGCGAAAACGAGGAAACGUGCGUAGGCAGAGAAAGGACGAUUUUAGCCAAUAUCUUGAUACCGCAGGACGUUGUAGAUGCUCAUGCUAUCAUUUCGUACGCAGAGUUGAAGAAGUGAGGUGAUAAUUGCGAGUUAGGUGACUCUCCUUAGUAACCGAACGAUAUCGGUGUGUGCUACAUUUUCAUUUUCUUGACGUCGAACUGUAAAAGAAAAGGGCGUCAAGCUGUACGGGCACAGGGAGGAAGACAUGCUCACGAUGGAGACGGACAUGAAGGGCGCCAGUCUGCACGGUCAGAUGCCACCGCAUCCUCACCAGGGUGUAUCUUCGAUGGGCCAUCAUUCCAUGUCCUCUUACGGCAGCCUGGGCUCGAUGGUGCAUAGCCCAGCGUUGUCAGGAAGUCCACCUAGUGCGAGUGGCUUGGGUCUCGGUCUCCAACAUCAUCAUCAAGCUCCGCAUCACUACACGAUGCAAGCAGCCGCCGCCGCUGUCGCGGCUGUACAACAGCAACAACAACAACAGCAACAGAGCAUGCACGCGAUGGCGCAGCAGACCGCCCAGCAGCAGCAACAUCCCCAUCAACAUCAUCCCCAUCAGCAGCAGCAGCAACAACAGCAGCAGCAAUCUCAACAACAGCAACAUCAUCAAGCCAACAAUCAUAGUAAUCCGAAUAAUCCCAACUCCAGCAAUACCGCGAACGCUAAGAACAACAACAUGGACCGGGUAAAGAGGCCGAUGAACGCGUUCAUGGUGUGGUCUCGCGGACAACGGCGCAAGAUGGCUCAGGAGAACCCCAAGAUGCACAACUCAGAAAUCUCGAAACGCUUGGGUGCCGAAUGGAAACUUCUCAGUGAAGCUGAUAAGCGACCAUUCAUCGACGAGGCGAAACGAUUGCGCGCUGUGCACAUGAAGGAGCAUCCGGACUACAAGUAUCGCCCCCGACGCAAGACAAAGACAUUGCUGAAGAAAGACAAGGGUUUCCCACUCGGCGGCGGCGUCGGCGUCGUUACCGGCGUUGGUAACAUGCUCGUUGACCAGCGCCAGGUUGGCACCAGCGGUGGACCACAGCAGGCACAACUAUCACGCGACGUAUACCAGAUGCCCAAUGGCUACAUGCCGAACGGAUACAUGAUGCAUGAUCCAACGGCAUACCAGCAACACGUUGCAUAUAGUGGUCACAUGGGGGGCGCAGCGUCGGCAGGUUACCCGAGGUACGACAUGAGCCAGCACAUGGGCGGCGGUAGUUCUAGCCCGAUCAACAGUUACAUGAAUGGAUACGGUGGAUACAGCGGUACCACCGUACCCGGCAGCACGCCGUCACCAUAUCAGCAAGCUCAGCCUGGUUCCCAGAUGUCCAGCCACAGUCCCAGCGACAGUAGCAUAAAAUCAGAGCCUACCAGCCCGGCAAGCGGCGGCAUACAUACACCGACGCCAACCGGUGGUCCAGCGUCGGUUGGUGCACCAGGUGCUGCUGGUCAGGCAGUUAAACGAGAAUACAUGAAUCAGACGCCCCAGCAGGAUGAACUUAGGCAAAUGCUCUCGAUGUACGCGGGCGAGCCUAAUGCCGUGCAACACGGCGGGAACAUUUACGCGGGACUAUCACCGGAUUCCAUGGCGCAACAUCAUUCUGCCAUACAACCACUUGCACACAUGAAUAUUGUAGCUUAGACAGUGGCAAGCUACGAUGGAUGCCAGUUCGAACGGAACUUCCGUAAAGCGGAAGAAAUGAGGAAGUGAGAAGAAAGGAUGGAAGAGGGUGGAGAAAAGAGAAAGGUAGAAGGAAAGCGCGGAGAACUGAAAGAGUAAAAAACAUACCAAAGCUAUAGAUGAAGCGAGAGAAAUAUACCGACUAGGAUCAGGUAUAUUUUUUUUGGACAUGGUUUUGGGGCACUUUUUACGGAGGCUGCAUGAACGAGAGAAGCAGGGACGAACCGCUUCUCAAGUCACCAACUACAGAGCUUUCUCUUGCAAUCCACGACUUUCUCGAUCGUCGUUCCUGUCGUAUUUUACCACCGAAAUAACGUCGACGAAGAAAACCGAUCUCAUGAUGAAGAUCAUAUCACAAUAAAAAUGUUACGGUCCUCUCUCUUCCCGGAAGGCGAAAGGGAAGAGAGGGCUGUCGCUGCACGGACAGCAAAUUAUUUACCAAAGGGGGCUCGCUCAAACGCAUACCAGUAACACCAACAAGGAUUCCUGUUGCCAAUGGCUGCUGGCCCUUAAUAAUUUUACGUUCCUACUAAUACUUCUGUAAUUAGUCCUACUUCGACAUCGCUUUUUUGCUCACCAACGAGAAUAAUAUGCGAUCAUUCGAGAGAUCAACAUAUUUUGAUCGCUGAUCUGCGACGCAUAUCAAACCCGAUUCUCAAACAUUCUUAUCUCAUUCGACUUGUAAUUAGAAUGACCAUAAAACUAUAAGAACUGUUUAAGAUAAAAGGAACGAAAAUAAAAAAGUAAAAAAAAAUAAAAAGGACCAGGUUCACUUUGUUAGAACCUAGUUAGAACAUAUAUACAUGGAAGGGGAAUAUCCUUUUGUGCAGCAAUUCGGGCCGAAGGAAGUGAGAUAGAAAAACAAUAAGUAGUGAGAGGAAAAA